UAUCUUCUUCAUUUUGCAAUCUUAUACUGAGCUCAUCCAAUGGCGUCUGCUCUAUCCUCCUUCGCUCUCGGCUCUCCCUGUUAUCAAAAGCCUUCAACCGCUCAUACGGAACCGCAAUUUCGCAACCAAUCGAUCGAAUUCUCAAUUAUCUCCACCGAUAUUUUCCGCCUCCGCCGCCGCCGCGUCGCCUCCAUCCGUCCAAUCGCCGCAGUCGAUGCUCCGGAGAAAGUCGUCGAGCUAGGCGACCAGAUCUCGAAUCUAACCCUAGCUGAUGCUCAGAAGCUCGUUGAGUACCUCCAGGAUAAGCUCGGCGUCUCUGCUGCCUCCUUCGCACCAGUCGCCGCCGUCGCCGCGGCGCCUGCUUCGGCCGAAGCGCCUGCCGUCGUCGAAGAGAAGACAGAGUUCGACGUGGUGAUCGAGGAGGUUCCGAGCAAUGCGAGAAUUGCAACAAUUAAAGUAGUUAGAGCUCUCACAAAUUUACCUCUCAAGGAAGCCAAGGAUUUGAUCGAAGGAACGCCGAAGAAAUUCAAGGAAGCGGUUUCCAAGGAGGAGGCGGAGGAAGCCAAAAAGCAGCUAGAAGAAGCCGGCGCGAAGGUCACCAUUGCUUAACACAAAACACAAAAACUGGUAGGAAUUUUGUAACAUCCUGUGUGUAAUUUACUCAUCACAUUAUGCACAAUGAAUUACACCCUUACGUAUA